AUGGAGGGAGCGGCGGCGGAGGUGCCGUCCUAUUUCCUGUGCCCGAUCUCGCUGGAGAUCAUGAGGGACCCGGUGACGCUGGCGACGGGGAUCACCUACGACCGGUGCAGCAUCGAGAAGUGGCUGUUCGGGGACGGCGGCGUCGGGGGAGGGAAGGGGACGUGCCCGGUGACGCGGCGGCAGCUGGCGCCGGCGGAGCGGGAGGCCACGCCCAACCACACGCUGCGGCGGCUCAUCCAGGCGUGGUGCGCCGCGCACGCUGUCGAGCGGUUCCCGACCCCGCGCCCGCCCGUCGACUCCGGCCGCGUGGCGGCGCUUGUCGACGAGGGGGCGCUCGCAGGCAGCAGGCAGCAGCGGCUCGCCGCGCUCCGGGAGAUCAAGGCCAUCGCCGCCGAGAGCGACCGCAACAGGCGCUGCGUCGAGGGUACCCCCGGCGCCGUCGAGUUCCUCGUCUCCGUCGUCGUCCAGAGCCAUGCGCUCUCCACGUCCAGGUCGGCCGAGGACCUCUUCGACUCGGUGCUCGACUCUCCGAUGUCGACGAGCUCGCCGGAGGAGGAAGCCCUCGGCGUCCUCUACUCGCUCAAGCCGUCCCAGGCCACCCUACUCCGUAUCCUCGACAAGAAUGGCGGCUUCCUCGACACCCUGGCGUCCGUGCUCCGGCGACCUAGCUACCGUUCCCGCGCGUACGCCAUCCUCCUGCUCAAGGCGAUGACGUCCGCGAUGUCGCCGGAGCGGCUGAUGACGGUGAGCUCCGAGCUGGUCCAGGAGGUGGUCCGGGUGGUGGCCGACGGCGUGUCGUCCAAGGCGGUGAAGGCGGCGCUGCACGUGCUGUGCCGGCUGUGCCCGUGGGGGAGGAACCGCGUGAAGGCCGUGGAGGCCGGUGCGGUGGCGGUGCUGGUGGAGCUGCUCCUCGACGAGGGCGGGCGGCGCGCGGCGGAGCUGGCCGUGACGGCGAUCGACCACCUCUGCGGGUGCGCGGAGGGGAGGUCGGAGCUGGUGGCGCACCCGGCGGGGCUCGCCGUCGUGUCCAAGAAGGCGAUGCGGGUGUCGCCGGCCGCCACCGAGAGCGCCGUGCGCGCGCUCCACGCCGUCGCGAGGCACUCGGCGACGCCGGCCGUGCUGCAGGAGAUGCUCGCCGUCGGGGUGGUGGCCAAGCUGCUGGUGGUGGUGCAGGUGGACGGCGGCGAGCGCGCCAGGGCCAGGGCCAGGGAGAUGCUCAAGGCGAACGCUAGGGUUUGGAAGGACUCGCCAUGCUUGCAAGCUCACCUCAAGGCAUCUUACCCCAGUUAG